UUGGCUUUAAGAGCUCAUUUGCAUAACGCGUCUUGCGGGCGGGGCUGAUUUGCAUGCGUGGCGCGCUUUUCUUUGCGGGUUGGGAUGAGGAGCGGCCUGUGCUGCUGGGAAAGGGGGUGGCCGAGAACCCCCCCGCCCGGCAGCAAUGGAGCUGCCCUGGCUGCAGAGCUUGGACAAGCCGAGCCGCCUGCUGCUGCACGCCCUCGCCUCCGGCUCCUCCGGGACACUCGCUGCCCUCCGGAUGCUGCAGCGGGUCCCGGCCCCCGGGGCACCGGGGCAGGCGUUUCCCUGGCAGAGCUUCGCCUCGGCCCUGUGUGCUGAGGAGCCCACCCUGGAGGGGCCAGAGAGGGCCCUGGCUGUCAAACCCCGCCUGCUGCUGCUCCCUGUCGUGUGCCAGAGAAACCUCUUCUCCCUGCUGCAUGUGGCGCAGGCCGUGGUGCCAGCAGGCUGCCUCAGCCAGCUGCUCCAGGCUUUGGAGCAGGAUUCCCAUGUGGAUCCCUGGGUGCGGACACUGGGGGAUCUGCUCCGGAAAGGAUCAAGGGAAGGGGAGUGUUUCCCACCUCCUGCUGCCUUCUCUUCCGUCUGCCAGCAGCAGCUUAGGAGUCUGUGCCAGAAAAUUGCCCAGAACAAACCAGAGGGGCGAAGGAAACUAAACUGGUGCUUCAGCCAGCAGCCCAGUGCCACUGGGGAGAUGGCUGCCUCAGUGCUUCAAGGUGGGAAGCGCAAGAAAGUGUUGGAGGAGAGCCUGGAGUUGGAUGAGGGGAGAGAGGGGAAGAGGCUCCUGCUGGAGGAGGAGGCAGCGUUUGAUCCCCUGGGAACCCAGGAGGGUGGAGAUGAGGCAGGGAUGCAAGAGGAAGUGCCUGAGGAGACUCUGGGGGACAGAUCUGCUGAGAGUCUGGCUGGAGCUGCUCUGGAAGGCUCCCAGCAGGAUGCAUCUGGGGUGCCCAGGAAGGUUUUCCAGGCAGAGCUGGCAGCAGAGGUCCAGUCCUUUCUCCAGGUGCAUGGACCAAGGCUGAAAAUGCUGCUGCAGAAGGAGUCUGGUGACCAUGUUUCCCUGCAGCAGUCAGAGCUGAGCAUCCUGAACAACUGUUCUCCUGGCCAGCUCGAGGGGCUCUGCUCCUUCCUCCAGCUUUCCACAUGCCCAGAGCACCUGCUGGUGCGUUUCUGCAGCUGCCUGCUGGCUCUCACCCCCGACCUCAGCUACACCAGCGCAGCCAUCCUGGCAGAGCAGCUCUUCCUCAGGCGAGUCCUGUCCCUCACCCAGCCACCCUCCCGCCACCUCAUGGCUGCCCUGGCUUCGUUUUGCUCCAAGUAUUCCCAGCCCUUCUGUCGAGUGCUGGUGCCUGCGGUCCUGCAGGAGCCGGGGGAAGAUGCUGAGCAGACCAAGCUGGUGUGUGAGCUUGUGGAAGAGUGCCUGGAGCCAGACUGUGUGAGACUGGUGCUAAGCCAGGUCCUGGAGGUGCCUUUGUCAGAGAAGCUCCUGCCAGUGGUGCAGGCUGUGCUGGGGAGGCAGGAGGUGCUUCCCCCCGAGCUCUUCGAUCUCCUGGUCCUGACCCUGUGCCAACAGGCCCCAGCCUUUGUCGCGUCACUGAAUUACGCCAAGCUGGUGACAGCCGUGCUCACCAUGUACCAAAGCCAGGUCACCCCAGCCCACCGGAGCCGUUUGGCUGCCGCUCUGGGUCGGAGCAAUGCAGCUCUGAAGAAAUCCCUGCAGGCUGUUCUGGAAGGAGCCAGGUGAGUGCCAAAGGGAACUGCAAGGCAAUGGCUCCCUUGGGCAGAGGAUGUGUGUCGGGUGCUGGCAGCAGCAGCCCCGGCCCUCACUGAGGGUUCACCACCAGCACGACGGAGACCUAAGGCGCGUGGGCUGCGGUGCCUGGUGCCUCCUUGAGGUGGGCUACACCCCCUGGGCCCCGCGGGCGCCCCGAGGCUUGAAGAUCAGUUGUUUGUUUUCGUCAAAAAAUGAAUACUCAUUGUCCCA